GCUAUGAGGUUUUCAGAUGCUCGACCAUACAAACUUUUCGAAGCGCACCCUGUCCUGAUUAACCUGAAACCCAUCCAGAAGCGAAGCGAAGCGAAAACAGAAAACCCCCAAGAAUUUAGCCCAGCUGCGUCUCCACCCCCUGUUCGCCAAAUGACAGCUUCAUCAUCUUCGAACUUUCUCUUUGAAGCGUCAGUGGCCAAAGAAUCUGUGGAGGGAAAGCUUCUGCCAAUCAAUGUUGCUCAUGAUACUCAAAGAAACACGUCUUCUAGUAAAACCCCCCCAGAAAAAGAAAAAAAAAAAGAAUUCUUGAGUUUUUUUCUGAAGUUGUCAGAAAUAGAGUACUUAGAAGUAUUGAUAAAAUCAAAUUUUUAUGUGUUUUCCAUUGUGUUUGUAAUGUAUUGCUUCUGCUACAUGUUGGGAUAUGCUAUACUCUUUUCCAAAAUUUUGCUAAAUUUUGGUGGCGUAAAGGGGUCUAGUCUGCACUGGAAAAAAUGGGAGGAUCUUUCUCUGCCUCAAAAGAUGGGUGGUUUGGGUUUCCAUGAUCGCACUAAUCUUGAAAAAGCUCUGAAAGAUUGCUACUAA